UUCUUUAUUUAUUUGUUUAUUUCAGGAAAAACUUGAACAUUCGCUAUGUGUCGUUAAUUUUGGAUGUGGAUCUGAUAAACAGAAAUAUGUUCAUUUGGCCUCUGAUUUGAUGGGCUCUGGGUUCUCUCUACAAAUGAAGAAAGUGGUGGUCAAUUCUACAGAAAGCCUGGAAACUCUACCCCCAUCAAAGGUGAUACUUAUGUUUGUGGAUUACAACGAAAGAAAUCUAAUCAUAGAAGAAGAACAUGGAGGUCUGAAAAGAAAGACUCUAUCUAUGUUGCAAAAGACUGGUGCUGAAGUGACUGUCGUUUACUGCUAUGAACUUUCUUCUAAACAUCUUGAUGAAGGACGCCUGUUUGCUCAGAAGUUGACUGUAAUUGAUAGAAUGAAAGAACUCAGAGAACUUCGUGAAAGGAACUCAAUAUUUAGUAUCUACGAUAAAUUCAACCCAACACAGAAAGAAGUCUUCCGUUCUAAGCUGAAUAAUUUUAAUUAGCUAUUCUAAUUAUACGUUUACGUAAAAUAUAUGGAGA